AUGGGGGAACCCAGCGCACCCAAACUGGAAGGACAGAUGGGAGAAGAUGGAAACUCCAUUAAAGUGAAUGUUAUCAAGCAGGAUGAUGGUGGCUCCCCAAUUAGACAUUAUCUGAUCAAAUACAAAGCUAAGCAUUCCUCAGAAUGGAAACCGGAGAUCAGACUUCCAUCUGGCAGUGACCACGUCAUGCUCAAGUCCCUGGACUGGAAUGCGGAGUAUGAGGUUUAUGUGAUAGCUGAAAACCAGCAAGGGAAGUCCAAACCAGCUCACUAUGCUUUCCGAACUUCUGCUCAGCCUACUGUCAUCCCAGCCAGCACUAGCCCUACAUCAGGCCUUGGGACUGCUGCCAUUGUAGGCAUUCUCAUUGUUAUCUUUGUGCUGCUCCUGGUGGCUGUGGAUGUUACCUGCUACUUCCUGAACAAGUGUGGCCUGCUGAUGUGCAUUGCUGUGAACUUAUGCGGCAAAUCCGGCCCAGGAGCCAAGGGCAAAGACAUGGAGGAGGGCAAAGCUGCCUUCUCGAAAGAUGAGUCCAAGGAGCCUAUUGUGGAGGUACGGACUGAAGAGGAGCGGACCCCCAACCACGAUGGGGGAAAACUCACAGAGCCCAAUGAGACCACCCCGCUGACGGAGCCAGAGCACCCCACCGAUACCGCAGCUACUGUUGAGGACAUGCUGCCUUCCGUAACUACGGGCACCACUAACUCUGACACUAUCACUGAAACCUUUGCCACUGCUCAGAACAGCCCCACCAGCGAGACUACUACACUGACCUCCAGUAUUGCCCUGCCAGCCACGGCCAUUCCUGACUCAAACUCCAUGUUGCCUGGCCAGGCUACUCCAGCCAAAGGGGCAGCCACCUCAGUCUCUUCACCACCACCCUCCUCCACCCCCAAAGUGGCCCCCCUUGUUGAUCUCAGCGAUACCCCAAGCUCUACUCCAGCUACUAAUAAUUUAUCUUCAAGUGUCCUGUCCAACCAAGGCGCAGUGCUUAGCCCCAGUGCUGUUGCUAAUGUGGCUGAGACCUCCAAAGUGGCAGCUGGUAACAAGCCAGCUGCCCCAAGCCCUGCAAACCUCACUAGCCCUUCAGCUCCAUCAGAGCCCAAGCAGGAGGUCUCAAGCACCAAGAGCCCUGAAAAGGAAGCUGUGCAGCCCAGUACAGUGAAGAGCCCAACAGAGACAACCAAGAACCCAAGCAACCUGAAGAGUGAGGCUGCUUCAGGCAGCACCACAAACCCCUCGCAGAAUGAGGACUUUAAAAUGGACGAAGGGACCUUCAAGACACCAGACAUUGAUCUUGCAAAGGAUGUUUUUGCAGCUCUUGGCACUACUACUCCUGCCAGUGUGACUAGCGGGCAAGCUCAUGAGCUUGUUUCUUCUACUGCAGACAGCUCUGUACCUGCUGCACCUGCAAAGACCGAGAAAAUCCCAGUAAAAGACAAAUCUGAAGUGCAAGCAACGGAAAUUAAAACACCUCCAGCAGAAGUCAAGACGGUCCCCAAUGAAGCCACACAAACAAAUGAAAAUGAGAGCAAAGCAUGAUCAGCAACAGAUGAAAACAAAUGACAGAACAACUCCACC